AUGGCAGAAAAGUUAAAAAACAAAAUUCUAUCUUCAGAUCACGGUGGCUACAGUGACAAUGAUUCUCAAGAUAACAGAAACACAUUGGAUCAUGAUCAGUUGGAUCUCCCUCUUGAGAAACUGAGCCUUGGUCCAAGAAAGAAGCUUCUUGUUCUUGGUCUUGGUGGGCUGCUCUGCCAUAGGGUCUACCGCUAUGGCAUAUCUAACAUACCAAGAUCUCGACGUGUAGAUGCAUCGUUCAAGACCUUGGAGAAGAAAGACAAACCACUGUAUCUGAAGGAUUUGAAAAAACUCUGGAACAAGGAUUCUAGAGCCAGACUUCCAAUGGGAAAAUAUUCAAAAUCAAAUACCUUGCUGAUAGAUAAUGACCCUUACAAGGCUCUGUUAAACCCUCCAAACACAGCUAUUUUUCCUACUGAAUACAAGGUUGACCAUAUUACUGACAGUUAUUUGGGUCCUGAGGGUGAGUUGCGGCUUUACUUGGGGCGACUUGCUGGUGCAGCUGAUGUUACUGCUUAUGUGAAAGAACAUCCAUUUGGACAGCCUGCAAUAAAUGCUUCUCAUUCUGAUUGGAGUUACUAUUCGAGGACUCCAAAUGUUGUUAUAGAGAUUAAUUAUACUGAGGCUGUUGGAGAAGCAAAGGUUAGAGACCCUGCUCUACUCAAUGGAGCACCAAUUGAAGACAUUCAGCCUGCCAUGCAGUGCCUGCAACAGAAAUCCAUAAGCUAUACACCAAGAGAUUCCGAGGCAUUUGUGGACUAG